CGCCUACCCUCACCGCAAAAGGAGCCAUACCUCCGCCUGGAUCCCGUUUCGCCUCGAGGGCGCUUCCAUUUCCUCCCCUCUCUCACGCUACUAAUUUGCGGCGUCACCGCUCUACGGUGACGUUCUUGCCUGCGAUUGGCGGGCGCUUCCGGCUGGGCUUCCGGUGCGAUAUUCCUGUGCACGGACGGGCGGUGGUUGGUUUCUAAGCUGUUACUGCCUGAGCCGGCAAGAUGAAGCGCGGCCCCGAAAAGCUGAGUGGGCAACCCCGUGCCAACGGCUGCAGCCUCGCGGGGCACGGCUCCGGCCUGAAGAACGGCUAUGUGCAAGGCUUCUCCGGAGCAGAGGCCGACGGCCAGCUUCAUCAUAUUGUCCACAAUGGAGGCUUAUAUAAAAGACCUUUCAAUGAAGCUUUUGAGGAAACACCGAUGCUGGUUGCUGUACUGACUUAUGUAGGCUAUGGUGUCCUCACCCUUUUUGGGUAUCUUCGAGACUUUCUGAGGUAUUGGAAUAUUGAGAAAUGUCAUAUUGCAACAGAAAGAAAAGAACAAAAGGAGUUUGUCUCUUUGUACCAGGAUUUUGAAAACUUCUAUACAAGGAACCUCUACAUGCGCAUUAGGGAUAGCUGGAACAGACCAAUCUGCAGUGUACCAGGAGCCAAAGUAGACAUAUUAGAGCGGGUUUCCCAUGAUUACAAUUGGACAUUCAAGUACACAGGAAAAGUAAUUAAAGGCAUAAUUAACAUGGGAUCCUACAACUACCUUGGAUUUGCACAGGAUACUGGAGUUUUCAUGGAUUCAGUGGCUAAAGUUCUUUCACAGUAUGGAAGUGGGUUAUGCAGCACAAGGCAAGAGAUGGGAAACUUGGACAAACAUGAGGAGCUAGAAACAUUACUGGCCAGAUUCCUUGGUGUGGAGUCUGCUUUGGCGUAUGGGAUGGGAUUUGCAACCAACUCAAUGAACAUUCCUGCUUUAGUUGGCAAGGGCUGUCUAAUACUAAGUGAUGAGUUAAAUCAUGCAUCUCUAGUACUAGGAGCAAGACUUUCAGGAGCAACAAUUCGAGUCUUCAAACACAAUAAUAUGCAGAGUUUAGAGAAGCUGCUCAAAGAUGCCAUUGUAUAUGGGCAACCACGCACCCACCGACCAUGGAAAAAAAUUCUCAUAAUUGUUGAAGGAAUAUUCAGCAUGGAGGGAUCAAUAGUCCGACUACCUGAAGUAAUUGCCCUUAAGAAGAAAUACAAAUCGUAUCUGUAUCUGGAUGAAGCUCAUAGUAUAGGAGCAUUGGGUACCAAUGGCCGGGGUGUUGUGGAAUAUUUUGGACUUGACCCCGAGGAUGUAGAUAUUAUGAUGGGGACAUUCACCAAGACUUUUGGAGCUGCUGGAGGAUAUAUUGGAGGCAAGAAGGAGCUGAUUGAUUACCUUCGUGUCCAUUCGCACAGUGCAGUAUAUGCCACAUCGCUUUCGCCCCCAGUGCUUGAGAAAAUUGUUGUAACAAUGAAGUGCAUUAUGGGUGAAGAUGGCACAACACUUGGAAAGCAACGAAUACAGCAGUUGGCUGAGAAUACCAGGUAUUUCCGAGGGUGGCUUAAGAAAAUGGGCUUUAUCAUCUACGGAAAUGAAGACUCACCUGUUGUACCUUUGAUGUUGUAUAUGCCGGCAAAACUUGGUGCAUUUGGGCGAGAGAUGUUGAAAAGACACAUAGGUGUUGUUGUUGUGGGUUUUCCUGCUACUCCAAUAAUUGAAUCCAGAGCCAGAUUUUGUCUGUCCGCAGCUCAUACCAAAGAGAUGCUUGAUAUUGCUUUAAAGGAAAUAAAUGAAGUUGGAGACCUCUUGCAACUGAAAUACUCCCGUCAUCGAUUGGUACCUCUCCUUGACCGGCCUUUUGAUGAGACUACAUACGAAGAGACUGAAGACUGAAUUCUCUCCAUUCCUUUUUGUAGACCUGGCACACUCUUCAGAACUCUGUGUGGCUCCAAGGCCAAGAUCCUUGAACCAGUUAAUGACUGCUUAGCAUAAAGAGAAUGACUUUUUACUCACAAAACUGGUGGCCAUGCUAAUGUGUUGUAAACAGCAAAACAAAACCUGGUCUUGCCCUAGGGAGGAGCUUGGCUUACAUUUUUUAAAAUGCUGAUUUCUUUAUUUGUCACAAUGAGAUCACAAUGGCCACUGUUGGCACUGGGUGUGUGCCCCAUCAUACUGCCACACGGGCAUUGUUAAUGUGUCUUAGGAUGCUGUGUAGCUUCUGUCACAACAUUUCCUUUUUCAUGACUAAAAUCUAAUCUCCUUAAGAGUGCAAGACCGGCCAGUUUGUUCAGUUAAGGCUUCUGAGGAAAUUAUUGAUACCUAACUUAAAUAUACUUAACAAGAAAUGACACCUAAUUUGAAUAUAUUUAACAUGAAAUAAUCAAAGUAUAUUCCUUGUCCCUUUACAUAGUGCUUUUUUGGUCUUUUUAUUAAAAUGUGGUUGACUUGCCGCUUAAGGACUGUUACUCAGUUCUUCAAGGUACAAAGCAGGAAAUCUUCCAGGACUUGUCACCACCUUUGUUUUUCAGUUCGGGUACCAAAUGUUCCUUCAUUAGGGUAAGUAGCAAAGAAUAUCUUGCGGAAGGAUAGAACUUGAUGGGCAUUUCCCUUUCCUUGUUUAGAAUUCCUUCAGCUCCAGAGUGCAGUCACAAUUCUGCUUUCCAAAAGUGAGUUCUAGUAUUACUUGUUGGAACGGUGACUGUCUGUCUUAACUCUGGGGAUUGGGGUUUGGGAGGAGAAUCAGACUGGCUGGGAGGAAAUUGCAUGCUAAGGCACCUUUUCCUCCGUUCAUGUAGCAGCAUUCCUGCUCUUCUUCCUGGCAGAACUGAUGGUGCAGUUCUUCAAAAUGUAAAUGCUGACGGUCUGUCUCCUCAGAGGGCCUUCCGUGUGAUACUUUCAUUGAUCCUGCUAUAUUGGUACCAAUUAGAUGCCUGCUGUGGCCACAGAAGGUAGACAGCAUGAGGCACAAUCCCACUACAGUGUAUAUGCACAGGUGGUUAUUCACCUGGAGUAUUUUGUGAAGUUGCUUUUAUAGCAAUCUGUGUAUCAAGAGCAAUUAAUAGGUUCCCAAGUAUACAAAUGGAAAAAAUGACUCUUAGUCUGUUGGGAUUCUUUGUGCUAGUGGAAGCAACCAUUUUAUUAGCUUUGUUUCUCAACACCUACUUCUCCCAUUUCACAUACCUUAAUCUUUGGAUUUUUGCCCCCAAAUGUUUAAAAUUAACAUUGGAAGCAAAAAUGCUUCACUUUUGGAGAAUUGGAUUCUCAAAAGCAAGCUAAACUGAGAAAUUAGUUGCUGUCAGCUCCAUCUUCCAGUGAAUUCAGUUUACUAUGGCUGUUUUUUUAAUGUACUAGAGAUAAUAUAUGGGCAUUGGCAGAAGUGCAGUGUGCUGUUUUCACACAUAUGCAUUGUGAAGUCACAGUAUCCGUGGUUUAACUUCAUAUUCUUUUAGCCAUAGAAUUCUUUAACAUUUUGCACAUAGGAAACCUCCUCACUUGUACAUGCUUUAUUAAUUCUCGCAGAGGAUUAUGCCUAACACUGGAAGUUUCUGAGCAACUGAAAGUCUUUCAGGUUGCUUAAAGAGCCUCUGCUUUCCCUUCCAAUGUGGCGAGAACUUUAGAUAGGUCAGGGUAAGGACUUCCAAGGUCUGAUUCAGAAUUAAGAAAUGAUAUUUGACCAAAGAACAGAUUGUAGUUACUAAUGUGUGCAGUACUUUUUGCCAAGGCCUGAAACAAAGGUAGAGCUUAAGCUUUGCGGGUGCAUUUCCAAGUCAUAGAACCAAAUGCACAGGAAAAAGGAAAGAGUCAAAAUAGUAUCUAAAAGUUCCCAUUUCACAAAUAAUAUGUUCAUAUGAACUGGCUCUGCUGGAACUAGUCUUCAUUUCCACUGAAUUUUAGCAGCGCACCUUGGGGGGACUUUCUAUAUCUCCAUAUAUCUGUGUUAAUGCCAGACCAUCAUAUAUUUCCUGAUCAUUCCAAAGAUCUUCUGCCCUGGAUUAGUGAGUUAUUGGGAAUGACAGUUUGCAUUUCUCUAUCAAGCUGCUUAAGGGCAGCACCACACAACUGUUUCAGGAGACACUGAUUUGCCAGCAACGUCUUCUGCAGCAGACGUGUGAAGUACAGUGAUAAGAGAUGUGGAAGUUUCCUCCAAUAGUCAUAAAUGAUGUGCUAUCCAAACCUUGUUUAGACCAGGGCUGGGGAACCUGUGGUCUUCCAUAGGUUGUUGAGCUACAGCUCCCAUUAUUCCUGACCAUUGACCAUGCUGCCCGGGGCUGAUGGGAGUCCGAGUCCAACUUCUUGGAGGGCCACAGAUUUCCCAUCCAUGGUCUAGAACCUAUAUAGAACGAAAUGUAAGAAUUAAAUAAUUUAAAAAUAAUUUCUGAGGAUUUGGUUAAGGAACUGGCUGCCCCUGCACUCAAUUGACUUUAUCCCCACAUAAAGUGAUGCAAUUUGCAAAGGUUAGUUCAUUGGCUGAAAAAUAUUCAUCAAAAUAAACUGCUCUGUUUCUGGCCUUGUAAAUAAAAGUGCUUUUGUGCAUGUGUGUGCAUGCACACAGGCAGUCUUAGGAUGAUACAAAGCUAUUUAGGGGGAAAGAUUAUGUUUAAGGUUUAACAGUAAAUGCAGGCUGUUUUUGAGCAUGGUUUUGAUUGCAUUUCCCACAAUAGCAUUAGUAGAAAUACUUCAGUAAUACCUACAAGAAAAAUUGGACAACCUAGCAGGAUGAAUGAUGUAUGGUGGUAUGGCUUAAAGCUGACCUAAAUACUUAAAACUCUACAGCUCUGUGUUCAGAAAGGAGGAUGUCAGGAAAACUUUUUAAUACGUGCUUUGCGUGAAAGGUAAAGGGGAAGGAGAAUAUAGGAGACAAAGGUCUUGCAGCCUCAUCUACUGUUUUUCUUUGUGUCCUUUGCUAGAAUGGAUGCCAGCAUCCUGGAUGAAGACAUUGAGUUGUAUUCAACAUAGCACUAAGCAGAUUGUUCCAUCAGCACAAGAAUAUCUCCUUGCACAGUGGAACAGUGUCCCCCUGUGCACCUCCUAAAUCUAUUCUGGAGGUUCCAUCAACCCUCCAGAGCAGAUUUGGGCAUGGCACAGGGUACACAUGGGGGGAGGAGAGGAAGGAAUCCUGUUGCGCUAAGCACACGUUUUUAAUUGAAUAGUUCUCACCAUCAACAUGUAAUGUGGUAUGAUGUGGCUCAUGGGAAUGAAAAAGACAACUUCCCUAGUUUUUGAAAGGGCUCUUCAUUGCCUGUAUGAUCAAUCUUUGGGAAAUGCAGGGAAAAAUGUAUUUACAACAGGAUACUGGGUGGUUUCCUUAUGAAAGAACAAUUGCUGUUUUCCUCCCAAGGGAAUAUUCCAAAAGAUCAAGAAUGCACCCUAGAUUGUCAAGCCAAGCAAAUUUAGACACCUGACCUGGAAAAAGAUAAUGGAAGUUAUAGCCCUCACUGUACCAAAGGCCAAAAUGCUUAUGUUGGAGUAAGUAAACUUCUAUCAUCCUCUGAAACCUGCCUGAUCUAGAUCUCCUAAAUGGCUGCAGCAAUUGAAAUGCUCUUGCAUUUUGAAUUUCAUGCACAGAUGGAAAGGCCAGGGAGAGCUAAGAAAAAUAACUUUCUCUCUGGGUGGUGGUAUUUGAACCUUAAUUGUUGAUGGAAGGGCAAGCACAAUGGGAUGAAAGGAAUAAACCUUGAAGGGUCUAAUCUAUCACAUUUAGCAGCUACCUUCCAUUAUACCCCAAAUACCACAUUACAAUGUGCAGUGCUGUGUAUCAGCUUGGCAACUUGCAGUUUUCAUCAGCAGCAUCUUCAUAAUUAUCCACCACUGUCCUUUAAAAGAGUGCUGAACGUUGGAAUGCUACAUACUGCUGUGGGCCUCUAUCCAAUAACAUGCUGGCUGCCUCGAGAUCGGAGUUUGAAAUAUAUGAGAACAUCAUCCAAAUGAAGCUGUUUUUGCUAAAAAUGGGGGUUCAAAUAAUACAGCUUGUGUACUUUCUAAGGGAUAACUUUUCAGUUGACUUUGUAUACUAUACUCUGGUAUAGAUUCUAGAGUGCACGUGGCACAGCAUGUUGCACAAACAAUGAGCAUAAUCAUUUUCAGUAUUUGUUUCUUUAAAAUGCAUGCGAUUAGAUAAUGCUCAGGUUCCUGCUCUUGUGUAUUUUGAAGACACAGGUACUGAAAGAUGCAAGUACACACUUCACAUUUGUGUUGCUCAUUCUAUAUGUGAGUACUUUGUACUCAGGUGUGCAUACCAGAGUCCAAAAAAGCAAAGUGAGAAUCUGCCUGAAGGAUCUGUGCAAUAACAAUGCACAUUUCCUGUGUCAGGAAAAAUGGGAAGAGUAUUGAUUAACUAGGCUUAAUGUUAUUUGACUCCUUAAAGUCUGUAAAACUACUUUUUAAAAGGCCUUAAAAUGUUUUGGUUCUUGGCAUGAUUCAAACUGAUCCUAUAGAUAAUAAAAACUAGAUAUUCUAUGCCCUUUAGUCAUUAAGGUGAUUUGGGGUCUGUUCACAUAUUGGUAGGUCGGUCUGUCAAGCUUAAAAUGGUGAAGGAUAGUGGCUAAUUCUCAUCUAAGUGUCCUAGACUUGGAGGCUCACACACAAGAUUUUACCAUGCACACACUUAUCUUCUUAACUCUUUUCAUAGAGAAUAUUAAAAUAAUGCACUCAUAGUGUGAUGGUUGGUAUAUUUUGUCAAGGACUUUGUAUUUUCUCCCUAAAGUAGUAAAUACUGGCUGUCACCUCCAUUAAGGGUGAAAUAGUAAUAUCCACGAUAUAAAUCUAACCAGGUGAAUCACAUUAGGCUAGCUUCACCAUAUUGGAAUUAAUGUGGGAAGCUGAUUUAGCUUGCUAACAUUCCUGGGAGUUUAUUAUAUGAAGCAUUUCAUGUGCUCCGACCCUUUAUUUGAUGGUGUGAUGUUUGGCUUUGCAGCUUUGAGGUCUAUUUGUUUGUGAAGAGGGUUGAUAGAGGCCCAGUCCAGAUAUAAGAGCUACUUUUGCCUUCUCUCUGUUAUGCUUGACAUUAUCUAAUUGAUCUUUUUGUAGGGGCUGCUGUAGAACUAAUAAUCUGAUGGGAAAAUAAAUUAUUUAGGUAGCUAUCUACGACAGCUGGCAGGUGUCUCUCUAGAGCAGCUGGGAUGUGCCAAGAAGGUGACAUGAUUACCAAAACACUGUCCACAAACAAAAGUGCACUGAAAUAUGCGAACCUUCCUGUGUUGUCCAUUUGCCAAAUGUGCUGUCCUUUGGCCAGUAUUUCGGCAAACCCCGUCCUAAAGGCAUCUCCUGCAUUUAUGUUACAACUAUAGAGGAGGUCAAAUUUAGGAGAAAAAUGGAGGGUGGGAAUUACUAUAUGGAGCCUGAGGCUUAAGGUUAUUAUUGGCCCUGAAGCUAAUGGUGGCCCAUAUUUUUAUAGCCCUAGGGCAGGCAUGCCCUUGAAGUUGCAAGUUCUAAGUCUUAAAUUGCAAUGUUCUCCUAUGCCUCUGUUGGUAAUAAUGUACAUAUAUCAGAUUUUUUUGUAGAUAUUAAAAAUUUUAAAUGAAAAUUUUAAUUGCCUCCCUGUAAUGUUCCAGAAAUGACUUUUUUACACCUUGAAUAAUUAACACAAAUUUGGGUACCAUGUGGGUAAGGAGGAUUAAGAGAAGCAGAUUCUACAUUGGCUUUUUUGAAAGUAACAAUGCAUGUUAAGCUGAGAGAAACUGCUUGACAAAAUCUAGCUAUGUUCUGCUUAAUAAAGAAUUCAUAAAUUGCC